AGACUCGAAUUCUCCAACUAUACAGACAUACACUAGCUUCUUGCACAAUGGCGUCACAUACCAUCCAAUUUCACCUGCGUCGUGGAUAUGUCCAAAUGGUUUGGAAUCUAUUUACUAUUGUCAACAACUUCUUACCUUUUUGAGAUAUGUGCCGUAUACUGCUUUCUCCAACGCCAGAGGCCUCGAGGAAGUGAGUUCGUAUAGCAAUCCCAAGUCUUCAUUGCGUGGUCCUACCAAUGGUUAUGUUGUCGAAUGUGAUAAGAGAUCCUCGUCCAUUAUUUUACGUGCGUCGAUUUGCGAUUUUCACAUUUUGCAGCUCGUUAACCAAGAGAAGGCCCGUUUUUACUUCAACUUGAACAAAACUCUAAAAUCUGCCAGCAGAAAAUACACUUUACACCUCUAAAUCGGUGAUAUUCAUUACCGCUUGUUUUCUCGUCUCUACCACUUAUGCCCAUUGAAUGUCAGCUACUUUUCAAAACCUCAUCCCCAGGCGGCGGAUGGGUCGCGGAAAUGACGGCCUCAAAAAUUUCGAAAUUUGUUAGGGAAUAGCGGUGUGGUCAAUACAUUACUACAUUCUCCAGAACCCGCAACAUGUCGAAUGUGCUAUAUUGGGCUUUGUCCAUAUUAUUAGUCUUGUACCUUGCGGUACUAUUUGCUAUCAAUAGAUUCCCUAAUAUCACCAUCAAAUCACUUGGGUUUUUCUCUCUUCGAGGAAUAAUCAUAGAGACUCCUCAUAAGAUCAUCAGAAUUAAGAGACUAAGAUUAAGGGUUAAUUUUUUCCGAGGGAAGGAUUCUCCAUUGAAGCUCUUCAACUUGGAGGUUUUUGGUGCCGAAGUCAAAGUUCUUUGUAACGAUAAGCCUAAUGUUGUGAAUGAGAAAUUGGCUAAACAAGCACCAUUUGAUCUUGAAAAGUUCUUGAAAUUGACCUUGCUGAAACGUAUAUACGAGAUUAUCUUCUACUACCUGCUCCUUAAUCAAGUUCAUGUUCUUUUUUACAGGUGCUCAGUGCAUCAUGAAGAGGUUGAUAAGAAUGUUAGAUUGCAUAUCGAUUAUGCUAAACUUGAGAACACCUUGAGGUAUGACGGUCAUAACUCAUUGACAUUAUUAGUCUUCAACGGAUUCUUACAUGAGCUCGAGGAUCAUGAUAGGAUCCAGAUCUUUAGGAAUGUGGAAGUCAUUUUGGGCUGUGAUGCUAUUUUCAAUUGCCUGAUGAAUCAAGCUGAUGUAAUGGAAGCAUCUUUAACGAAUUUUUCGUUGGUGGUUUCGCUUGGUAAGGCACAUGUACCACUAGACCAUGUGAAUUUCGCUCCCAAGGUGAAGGGUAAGGAUUCGCAACAUCACCCAAUCAGUAAGGAACAAAUCCAUAUACUAAGACAGUUUUGGAAAAUAUUCAGUGAAGCAAGAUUAUCAUUAGAAGAAUUCACGCUUUCGCUGGGGCCUUGCUUGUUGCAAGUUGCCACUUUCCAAGCGUCAUUGACUCAUGACUUUACUGAGGAGGUAGGGAAGAAUCCUAUAGCUGGGUUUAAUAUUCAUGUUACUUCGUUGAAGCUAUUUGAAGCCGAAACCAAAUGCUUCGAAUUGCCUGCUGUUGCUUGUAAUUUCGAGGCCAACCCAUUUGGCCUUCUCGAAGGAAUUGAAAACUCUCACCAUGAAGAAUUGAUCAAAGAAGUGUGUUCUUCACUGGAUAUCAAGUUUAACUUGACAGUCACCAAUCCUACGGUUGACCUUUACCAUGAUCAGCUUAUAAUGCUUCAAAUACGAAACAGAACCAAGCAGAGAAAACCACAGAUGACCAAGGUUAACUUCAUGAACUUUCUUCUUGCCUUACAUAAGGUCUCUACCAAGAUUGUUAUUGUCGAUACCAAAAUCAUAAUUCAUCUCCCGGCGUUUGGACUGAAUGAAUUCCAUAGAGAGGCAAAGCUGAAUCUUAUAUUGAAGUAUACAGUGGAUUCGCUAGUGCAGAGGUUCGUCACAACAGACUUGUCCAAGCUGUUGUUGGAAGGCAAAGAGUCUAAGCAGCAACUUUUUGGGUUGUUCAAAAUCAAGAACUUCAAGGCCAAUUUAUUGGACAAUGUCAUCAACGUGUCAAAGUGUAAUCUCCUUGCUGUAUACAACAUAAAUGAAAGGGACGUGUCAUUGAAGAUGAACUGCAAGCGGUUGAGAAUGAAAUCUAUUAAUAGUGCCAUUUUCCAUCUUGUGAGAGAUAGGCGAACCAAGAGAAUCAUUUUGGACAAUCAGUUAUACAACGACCUUAUGCUUGUACUGAAGGAGAAUAACCCUUCAAAAUGCGCUGCGGUAGAUGAUGGCCUAUACUAUGAACUUUUUGAGAUGCUUCCUCCUAUUAUUAAUCAUUUAAAGGUUGAAGUGAACGAAGUUCAUGCUGACAUGAUCUGUAAAGAUGGGUUACCUCUGCAAAUUUAUACAGAUCCUGCCACCCAACAACAAUACGACUUGAAAGACUACGGAAGAGGUGUAUCGUUGAAGUUGAACCAUGCUUCAUUAAAAUACAAGAAGGAUAGCGAAGAAGUGUUCUUCAAAGUUUCAGAGCUCAACUGUUUCACUCUUAGUGAGCUUGAUUUGGAUUAUGUGUUAGAUUUUGACAUUGUUUCAGCGUACUCUAAUGGUAAGGAUGAUUUCAGUGAUGUAUCCAGUUUAGAGUCCAUUGCGUUAGCAGCAACAGAAGAAGAUGAGUUGAGGAAAGUAAAGCAGGUUUUCAAGAUUUCUGAAGUCGAAAUCAACAACAUAUCAAACAAGCAAAGGGACAAGAACAGGCUCUCAGUGAGAAUUCCUGAAAUCGAAGGUAGAGUGGAUAUAUUCUUUGCUUGGUGUUCCAUUUACGCUAUCAGUUUAAUCAAGGCAUUCAAGCCAACGGUUGAAAGAGUGUGUUCCAAGGAGAAGAUCAAGUCUAUGAUGGGAGUCACAGACAAGAAGUUGAAAUUAGACAUUUUCGUUCAGGUGAUAGCCAUUGUGACCAGACUUGCAAACCUGGUGGAUGUUCUCACUGAGUUUGAUACUCUCCUUGUACGUGAUGCUUUAGAAAGCAAAUCCUUAGAGUUCAAGUACGCUAGAUGCUACCUCGUACAUCCAACAACCAAACUUUGGGCUAGAUUCUUGACCAUAAAGAAUUCUUUUGUGGCAGUGAAUGCUGUCAUCGAGAACGAAGAUGCUUUCGAAGUCGCCUGUAAAGGUAUUAGGCUCAACAUUCCACAUGGGUUCCUUUUCUAUUCUGUGAUUGAUAAUGUCGUAACCUUUGGGAAGGCCAUCAAGCAAAUUAGUAACAAUUUCAAGAAUUUUUCCAAAGGUGUAAUGGAUUUUGGGGUGCUACCACAAGAAGCUAGGGGAGCUUUCCACGUUCCCACGGUUAAUAUCAAAACGGAUAAUUUUGCAAUGACUUUGGAAAAUGAUCCCUUCGAAAAUGAACUUUCAUACAUUUUAGAACUUGGAAAGGUAGAGCAGAAUCUCAGAACCAAGAAAUAUCAAUUUUUUGAAAAGCAAGCAAAGGUUAUCAUGGAUAACACGCUUGACCUGAAAAUAGGGUUGCACUUUACUGAUUCUCCUCUUUCUACCAACAAUGUCGCAACCAAUUCAAAGAAACAAGCAACUCCUAUCAACUUGGACUCUGAAAUAUCUAGGUCGAACACAAAUGAUACUCACUUAUUGUCAGAUGAAGAGGCAAAGAAGAGAAUCGAGGAAGCACUUUACAUUCUUGAAAGAGAGCUCUCCACUUCAUGGUAUUACAAGUUCAAAAAAUUCCGGGCUACGAAGAUCCAGAAUUGGAGUAAGAGACUCGAAAGAGGAUGGGGAGUUGAAAAGGUUAACGAUAAGAUCACCGAUAAGUUUGAUAUCAUGAACUACCUUCCAGGCCCCCUUCUAAUGGGGUUGAUAUUUAAGAGCUUGGAUUUGACUGUAAGCAAAUCAACAAUCCCAGAUCUCGAUAAGUUUUUGUUUGAGUACGGUAAGGGACAGCCAAAAUUGGAUUAUUCGAUUUUAUUGCCUGUACAUCUUUUGCUAAAGAGUGCAGCAGUGUUUGCGUUCUUAAAAGAUUAUUCGCUUCCGCUACUUUCGUUCCCAGCAAAUGAUGAUUCUACCAAACCAGCCUUCCAACUUCAAGGUAACAUGGUAAUAAAUGAGAAGUUAGUUCACCGGAAGGAAGAGAUGAGGCAGAUUUGGGUGCCAUUUUCCCCACCAAUGGCCCCUAAGGUCAAUGAGGAUAGCUUUUACUUCGUCUCAGUCACCAGAACCUUGACACCUGUGAAGUUCAUGGUUGACUUGAACUGUGAUAUUGACACCGAACGUGCGGCUAUGAUCAGUUGGUGUAAAUCUUACCAAGGAGCACUUCUGGCUGCUAUGUCGGCAGUCGAUAACUUCACCAAACCCAAGAUCGAUGACAGUCCCUUAGGAUGGUGGGAUAAAACUGCCCUCACCUUGCACGGUCAAAUGGUAUUUAAUAUUCCCAACGAGUUGUGUUUCCAUAUGAAGUCUUCAACUAAUCCCUACGAGAUGACUGGUCGAAACGCUGGGUUUGUGUUUUGUUGGAAGAAUAAUGUUGUUCUCAAAAUCGAUGGUGUUCACUCCAGUAAAGAGCUCAUCACAUUGAAUAGUGAUGUGUUUCUUUUGGCAGUACCCAACUAUUCCAUGGCUGAGAAGCGGUCGUGGAGUUUAUUCUAUGAUGAAGUUACCGAAGCGGUUCCAGAUAUCGAGUCAGAAAGUAAAAAGUUCCAGAAGAAAGUGAUGAGCUUAUCAUCGGACGAAAGAGUGCAGUGGACUUUGGGGCUUCUUUUCGAGGGAAACCAAAACCAUUCCUCCAAUCUUAGUGAUAAGGAAAAAAGAACCAAUACUUUCAUUCCACAUUAUGACGUGGUAGUGACAGGCCCCAAUUUUGACUGGCAUCCCGACUCUUAUAAAGGGUACAGAUCAGAGUAUAUUCAUUUGGCGAUUUCGGUCAAGUCAGUAUCUAGAAAGGGAAACUCAUCCAACAGAAUCCAUCUAACUCCUUUAACAAUCAAUUACUUUCUCUACUGGUGGCAUACUAUCACAGAAGCUAUUUCACUUCCAAUAAGACAAGGACCUUUGUUUGACGAUCAACUAGAUGAGACUGGCCAAGGCAACUCUAGUGCCAAGACCAGCACUCACCUAUUCACAGUGAAAUAUCAGUUGAUUUUUGAACCACUCACCGUCUCACAUAUGCUUAUGCAUUCAUCGGGAGAGAAAGGCAAUCAAGUUGCAUUCUCUGGUAUAAAAGGUAAAGUGGGAAGAUGUAUUUUAGAUCUCCACCAGAGAAAGGAAGUCUUGACCUAUGUUAAUAACAAACUUGAUAUUAAGAACCAAAUUUUGCACUUGAAGAUGAACCAAGCAGAGAUUAUGUUCAAAGAGGCAGAUGUGAGGAUUGUCAAUGCCAUCUUCCCAGAUCGGUCGAUGCAAUCUCAAUUGGAUCGGUACCUUUUUGGAACCAGUGACUCUUCUUCAGGAGACACCAGCAAUGAUAACAGUGCACAAAGUAGUGGUCAGUUCUUGAACUGGGUUUCAGGUUUGGAUAUCCAAGGAGAAGAUUUCUCGUGGUUAGAUCAGGAGGAUUUCACUGAACUUGAAAUAAGAGAAGUGUUAUCUCCCUAUCCAAAGGUCACCAUUCUACCAUUUUUCUUCACUCCUAAUUUCACCUAUGUUCGAGAGUUUUCGUUACAAGAAGAAGGUCCUUACCCAUUCGGCAAGGAAGACUCUCACAAUUGUGAGUUGGGCAACGAAACUCCUGCGGAUACUCAAGGAAGACUUCUUUCCAAUAGACUUGAUGGUAUCAGGUCUGAAAUCGACAUAAAUGAAGAUCUUUUGGCCAAUUUAAAGGGAACAGAGCAUCAAGGUGAAAUUGAUGCUGCAGUCGCAGAUCAGAUAUUGACAAUACAGAAAACAAUUGAUGAAUACAAGGAGAAACAAGAUCUCGUGGAAUCAUUAUACGAAAGAAUAACCGGAAAAAUUGCUCCUGGAGAAGUCAGCCAUGAUGAGUCGUCUGCUUUGAGUGUUAGUAGGUACGACUCCAGGCAGUUAUCUAUUUAUUCCAGCCACAAAUCGUACGAUGAAAUGAAAGAUGUUGAAUUGUUGAACAAGCAAGCUAGUGAAUUCCAUAACAGAUUCAUUAUCCACAAUUUGCAAUUGAAGUGGGGCAAUAAAGUAAGAGAUUUGUUUAUGGACUACAUGCAAUAUGGAAGUGAAAAGAAAUCUGAAGCCUAUUUCAUGAGUAAGAGAGCAGUGGAUUUGGUCGAGAGUGUUAUCAACACUGUUCCAGAAGCAUUCAAGCCAACAAAAGAACAAGACGAAUUUUGUACUGCCCGUUUGGAAUGUGAAGAUGUGAUCAAUGCAUUUGACGAUUACCUAGAGGAUAUUGACUCCGAAACCCAAGAAGCUGAGUACAAGUUCUUGGUGAAGUUGGUUAGCCCACAGAUUCAAUUGAUUAGUCAGAAGGAUCCUGAAUCUACUGCGUUGGUGGUGUCCAAGGAUUUGGAAUUGAGAAUCAUGUCGGUGAACCUCAAAGGUGUGAACAAGCUUAUCAAUGCUGACAACGAAAUCUCAGGUACAAUUGAGACAAGAUAUGGAGGUUUAUUCAAUGAAUUCUCUGUGUAUGUUUUCAACAAGAAGGAUGUGGUCAUUUCCCAUCCCAAUGUGCCAUAUGGAUAUGUUGAUUCGCAGUUGGCAGUUAGUUGGCCUCCUUGGGUUGAGUAUGAAAAUAUUCAUGAAGAUUGUUGGAUGGACAAGAAUCUUGUUGCCGAAAGAACUUCAAUGGUGUUAUCGUUCAAGAAACCCAACUAUUUAUACAUUGACACCACAUCUGUACCCGAGAAGAAUGAGAUUCAAGUUCAUGUGGCCAAGUUUGUUUUGAAGGCUAAUUCUCAACAGUAUUCAACCAUUUACUACAUUAUUACAGAUUUAUUGGUAUCUGGAAAGAAUGAAAAGAGUCUGUUGAUGAAUAAAUUGGAUAAAGUUGUGUCUGUUUCCGAUGACGAUGACUUUAUUGGACUAGAUGAACGAGUUAAAACAUUACAGUCGACUAUAAGAGAGUUCCACUCGAUAUUGUUAAAAAUUGAUGGAAAAAGCUUAAAGUUGAACGAAUUAGAACUGGCCCAAUUGCACCAACUAGAGUUGGAACUUGAAAAACGGAAGUUGGAGCUUUCCAUGAUCAUGAGAGGAUUGAAGCUAAGAAACGUCAAGAGUUCUAACAAGAGGGCUUCCAGAGCCUGGUUGAUUUCAAUUGACCAAAUCAUCUGGCAUUUCUUAGACUCAAAGAAUGCUCCUUUGAUCGACUUGGCCCUUGCCAAAAGUUCUUUCAGUCGUUUAGAUUCAGUUGACGGAUCUAAUAAGAAUAAAGUUCAAGUGGGGAUUAUUCAAGGGUUUAAUUUACAAGAAAGUGCUGUGUAUCCUGAGUUAUUAUCGCCAAUUAAUAGCGGAAAAUAUCAGGAUUCUGCCAAUCCGCUUAUCUUGAUGACAUGGAAAAUGUUGAACCCUGUUGGAGGUAUUCCCAUAAUGCAACAGGCCAAAUUGAGUAUUCAACCAUUGAAGAUUCAGUUAGACUAUACUACUGCCAAACUUCUAUUUGAGUAUGUCUUCCCCAAAUCCGACAGUCCAACUUCAAAUAACACCCCUAGACCACGAAACCUGAUUGUUAGACGACAGACUAGCAGUGAUCUCAGUUCUUUUGAUAUGUCGAUGGAUAAGAUUGAACGGCCAAAGAAUAUAUUCAGGCACUUCAAUAAGAAAGGCUCUCCAAGUCUGAGUACCGAAGAUGAUUCCUCUUCGAUUAGUUCCCGCAGUCACUCGAUUUCUACUCGAUUCUCGUCUACAGAAGAUUUGAGUUUGACAAACAACACGGAUAAUAAACCCACCACCAAGGAACCAGGCAAGAAGAAAGACGCUGAAGAAGGCGACGACAUCUCCUUGAUUGUAUCAAGAUCUUCGAAAUUUAUCUCUAUUGUCGAUCUUGAAGUUGAACAGUUCAAACUUCACAUCAGUUUCAAAGCACCAAAGCACCUCAACAUUAUAGAUGUGCACAACUUGAUGUUGAAUAUACCCAACAUUCGAUAUCAAAACAAAACCUGGUCGGGUGAAGACUUCAUUCUCCGACUCAGAAAGGAUAUCACUAGAAUCAUCUUACAACAUACGGGUCAAAUCAUAGGAAACAAGUUUAAGAUCAGAAAGAGGAAGCUUCUCAAAGAACCCUUGAAGCAAAUAUCCAACUAUGCUUCAUUCUUAUCGGUCCAAGAUUUGCAGAAUAAUGGAAACAACGCGGGUGAUCGGCAAACCUCCACUCGUAACCCGCAUAUUCAUCACCACCGUCACCAUUUGGCAGACCAUUCUCAGGGUGAAGAUAGUAUGUCGCUGCAAGGGUCCACCUCACACCAUGAUGGAGGAAUCUCAUUCGAGAACCUUUUGCAAGAGAUUAUAGACGAAGAAGAAGAAGGCGAAGACGAUGAUACUACCAGUGACAGGAACGUCUCAACUAAUUAAUUUCACCAUCAACUUUGGUAAACUGGAUUUACCAAAUCAUGUAAUAUUUAUACGAGAACAUAAUUUGCAAUUCACGGAACAAAAUUAG